ACAUUAUCAUUGACGUGUACUCGGUUAAAUGAAAACAUUCGGAGCAGCAGUCAGCUCACUGAAAUAUAUUACGACAGAAACUUCGAAUCUUCACAGAUAACCGGAAGCUGAUGAUAUGAUGUGGUUCUACUGAUAUCUUUUUAGGGUUAUCACCGUUAUAUUUUGCUGUUGCCAGCGGUGGCGCAAAGAUGUCAUCGGGCAGUCGAAAGAGAACAAGGAAUGGGGAUGCGAACUCUCCAAUCAUCGCUGGAGAAUCACUGCGGAGGCCGCCCCUCCAGAGAUUCAGGCGGUACAAACGAACCCAGGUCACCACUCCAGGGCCAGCACCCUUCUCAGAGAUGGAAGCAGCAGUCCUGGAGAAUGAGCGCACAGAUUACAGUAUAAAAAUCUCACUGGAGGUGGCCAAGGCAGGGACAGCUCCCAGAACUGUACGUGUGUAUGCUGAUGGGAUAUACGACAUGUUCCACUCGGGGCAUGCUAAACAGCUGAUGCAGGCUAAGAUGGCUUUCCCCAAUACAUAUCUCAUAGUCGGAGUCUGUAGUGAUAAACUCACACACAAGAAAAAGGGCCGGACAGUAAUGAACGAGACGGAGCGAUACGAGGCUCUGAGGCACUGCCGCUACGUGGACGAGGUGGUGAAGGCUGUGCCGUGGUCCAUCAGCGAUGAGUUCCUAGAGAAACAUAAAAUUGACUUUGUUGCCCAUGACGAUUUACCAUACUCUUCCAAUGACUCGGAUGAUAUAUACAAACAUCUAAAAGACAAAGACAUGUUUCUGGCGACACAGAGAACAGAAGGAAUAUCAACGACAGACAUCAUUGCCCGGAUAAUUAAAGACUAUGACAUGUAUGUACGGAGAAAUCUGACACGUGGCUACAGCGCUAAAGAACUCAACGUCAGCUAUAUGAAGGAGAAGAAGAUCCAGUUUGAUGAGAGUCUGAACAAGAUGAAGGACAAAAGUCGCGAGCUGAUAGACAAAAUAAAGGACACAAAGGACAAAGGCAACGAAAUGAUUCAUCGCUGGGAGGAAAAGUCUCGAGAGUUCAUCACCAACUUUCUUGACAUGUUUGGACGUGACGGAAGAAUUAAAAAUUGGAUACAAGAAGGCCGUGCCAGAAUCGAACAAGCCAUUUCUCCUGUUAACAGUGAUGACGAAGAAGACAGUACUGAUGGGAUGAAUUCAGCAGAACCUGAUCGAAACGAUGCUGAAAGUCCAGACUCAGCAACGAAGAGUCCUCCUGCGAAACGCGGCCGUAUUUCUCCACUUCUAGUUGGUGCUACAUCGCGGGGUCAAGGUGAAGAGGAUUUUUCAGAUCCGGAGGAUGAAGCCAGUUAAAUGUUACAUUUAUUGUGGAUCUAUUUAUGACUGUCCUGCCAUUUUGUUUGUUUUUAGUGGGUGUAGAUCUGUGGUAUGGUCACACAAAAUCAUAGAAUUUCAGGUAAAGAUCGGCAAUGAUUUAUCAUUUGAAAAUAUGAAUUUGGAUUUAUAAUUUGUACUUUAAAACAGGCUUAGACAAUCAGGCUAAGUAUGGCAGUGGAACAGGAAUGAGAAUCCAUAUACUAUGUAUGUCAGUGGACAAUAUUUAAGUUCAGUAAUGAAAUAUUGAAGAGCUCCUGUCAACAAUAAAUAGUGAUAAUAGAAUCAACUUACGUUGGUCUUGCGUAUUUGUUCGAAACUUUAUAAUACCUUAUACUUUUGUUCUCAAUAUAUUUGUAUCCCUUCUCAUGGCUUCAUUCCUUGAGGGAUUUUGAUCAAACUUCACACAAAUACAAAGGACAAUAAUAUCUUGAAAAAGUUUGAG